AUGAGGGGUAUAGAGCUUCCGACGGACCUUAGCCCUAGCGGACACCCGACGAGCACUUCCGUCGGAGGCAUCACGUCCAAGCGCGUCUUCUUCCACACGAUCUCCCAUGAUGUCUUCUGCGACGCGGAGAGACCUUGCGUACACUGCAUCCGUGCGGGUGCCCAAUGUAUCCCUCGAGCAUCGGCACCUAGAGACACUGCAGAGUCUUCGUCUGAACGGACGGGAUAUGCUGAGUCUCCAGGAUCACCUAUACUUCCAGAGUCUAGCAUCGUUGACCUAAGUACUCUUAUAAUUCGCGGAAAUGGCCCCAACCAGGACUUACGCCAUGAUACGUCCUCACUGCCCGGCGGAACAAAGCUCCUAGAAACCAACAUCACGCUCUCUGCCAAGCAUUGGCGUAACGUAGUAGGCGUAGAGCUCCCCGAAGACCAUAUUAUUGAGGACUUAGUAGACAGCUUUUUCUCUGCGGUGGACUGGUUCAUGAUGGUCUUCCACGAAGAUACCUUUCGCCGCCGGUACGCAGACAUGCUGCAGCAGACACAGAUCAAGUACCAAGAUACAACGUUCUAUUGGACCUGGCUUCUCGUAGUAGCGCUGGGCGCACACUACGCUGCACUCAAAGAUCCUGAUGACCAGAUGAGUCCUCAAUACCGACAGCUUUCUCGAGACCUGAUUGCCGUUAUUGAGACGCGGUUCCUGCAGAUUAUUGGGUGUCAGACGGUAGAGACAGUCCAGAUAUGUAUCUGCGGCAUGGGAGUCAAGAUCGCUCAGGUCAUUGGGCUGCACCGUGAGAGCUUCUGGAAAGAGACGUCUCAGCUAGCACGGGAAAUCAAGCGACGGACCUGGUGGACGUUGGAAGUCUUCGAUAAAUACGCCGCUGUAGCUUUCGGGCGCCCCUGCAUUAUUGAUGACUCUGAUUGCCAGGUCGAGAUGAUCUCAGAUAUUGACCUUGAUGGCCUUGUGCACGUCCCUGCAAGGCCCCUUAUCCUAUACCAUCAACACAAAUUCCGGCUCUAUAGAAUCAUGGGUGCGUUCUUAGGGCGUAAGAGGCAAAGAAACAACUUCGAGUCCGUUGAAACUAUACAUCAGCGAAUGCUGCAGUGGCGCCAAGAGCUCCCCAGUGUCCUAACUCUCAAGGGUCAAGAGAGUUCCAUGGACGCGGGCGUAGUGAAACCAACUGAACUACACGCUCUUAGCCUACAACUCACCUACGACAAUCUUCAGAUAAUCUUGCAUCGAACAGCAGUCUUCAACAACACCAGUGACAUCUCAGCCAUUUCACUUAAAAGCAGUUCUUCUCUUCAGCAGAUCUUCACCUCAGCCAUGGAUACGUCCGAGCUCUUCCGCCAUCCUCGCAUUCUAGAUGCAUGCAGAAAAACCCACGCAGACGUCCACGUUGGCAUGACUUUGUUCACAGCUGGUGUUGUUCUCUGCGCUAUCUGUCUGUCACAGCCUCUUACUGAAAUGGGGUCCCGUGCAAAAACUGGGGUUAUGCAUAUUACACGCAUGUGUCGUGAGACUACAGCUAGUCUUUACAGUGGCCAGCUUGUCUCGGAGCAGAGCCUUGGGAUUAUUGAUAGCUUGGUUCAAGUCAUGCUGCGCCGAGAGACGGACAUGAUAACCGGCCGAACGAGUUAUCCAGGCCUCAAUGACGGCUCUACCAAAGGAGAUGCAGUUUCAUCUAUUCGGGGCUCAUCCACGGCAAGCAGAGCAAUAGCGCCCAAACCAAGUACAACCGCAACUGGGCUGAGUGAGCCUAGUAACGAGCGAGUCUUGGAGCCGAUUCAAGAAGUCUUUAGGCAACACAUUUCCACGCCGCCAACGGGAUCCAACUCGGAGCCACAAAGGAUCGUUAGUGGAGGUUUGGGUAACAAUGGAGACCAAGAGGCUAUGGGCACGUUCAAUUGGGACGGCGACAUGUCUGCCCUUGUGGAUUCGGGACUUGUGGAUGCUAGUCAACUGUGGCUAUGGGCGGAUACCCUAGACUUUGACUCUUUUAACGAUCCGGCCCUAGAGCCAACAGAAUAA